AUGGAUGAAGAGUACGACGUCAUUGUUUUGGGAACCGGUCUCAAGGAAUGCAUUCUCGGUGGUCUUCUAUCCGUCGAUGGCCUCAAGGUUCUUCACAUGGAUAGAAAUGACUAUUACGGAGGAGAAUCCACCUCGCUCAAUCUUAUUCAGCUUUGGAAGAAAUUCAAAGGAGAUGAUAAUCCUCCUCCACAUUUGGGUUCUAGCAAAGACUAUAAUAUUGACAUGAACCCUAAGUUCAUUGUGGCUAAUGGCAUGUUAGUGAGGGUUCUCAUUCAUACUGAUGUUACCAAGUAUUUCCAUUUUAAAGCUGUGGAUGGAAGUUUUGUCUUUAACAAAGCAAAGUUUUUCAUUUAUGUUCAAGAUUAUAAUGAGAGUGAUCCUAAAACUCAUGAGGGGCUGGACUUGACAAGAGUGACUACUAAGGACCUGAUAGCAAAAAUUGGCCUUGAUGAUAACACUGUGGAUUUCAUUGGUCAUGCUUUGGCGCUUCAUAGAGAUGAUCGCUACUUGAGUGAGCCAGCUCUGGACACUGUGAAGAGAAUGAAAUUAUAUGCAGAGUCUCUUGCACGAUUUCAAGGGGGAUCACCCUACAUAUACCCUUUGUAUGGUUUAGGAGAGCUUCCCCAUGCAUUUGCAAGGCUUAGUGCUGUUUAUGGUGGUACAUAUAUGGUGAACAAACCUGAAUGCAAGGUAGGAUUUGAUGCUGAAGGAAAGGUUAUUGGUGUCACAUCUGAAGGGGAAACGGCCAAGUGCAAGAAAGUUGUUUGUGAUCCAUCAUAUUUGCCUGGAAAGGUUGGAAAGGUUUCAAGAGCAAUAGCCAUCAUGAGCCAUCCGAUCCCCAGCACCAAUGACUCCCAAUCAGUGCAAGUUAUUCUCCCACAGAAGCAGUUGGGUCGAAAGUCAGACAUGUACCUAUUCUGUUGCUCGUAUUCUCACAAUGUUUGCCCAAAGGGAAAAUAUAUUGCAUUUGUAUCAACUGAGGCAGAGACAGAUCAGCCUGCUAUUGAACUUAACCCUGGGAUUGACCUUCUAGGACCUGUUGAUGAGAUAUUUUUUGAUAUGUACGAUAGAUAUGAACCAGUCAAUGAACCCACUCUAGACAACUGCUUUGUAUCAACCAAUUAUGAUGCUACCACACACUUUGAGUCAACAGUAAUGGAUGUCUUCAACAUGUAUACAUUGAUAACCGGCAAGGUUCUCGACCUCUCUGUGGAUCUUAGUGCCGCCAGCGCCGCAGAAGAGUAA